AUAUGGCUGCUGCCGAAACGUUGAAGUUGGCGUUCGGCGUCUUAAAGGGAUCACGGUCCACCAAGUUCAAGUCCGUCCCUGUUUUGCUUCGCGGCUCCUACUUCCAAAUCAAUGACCAGAGUUCAGAAAAGAUUCUUCCAGCGUCCUCUUUAGAUGCCGGAGUUGCUAUGGCGAUUGGACAGCGACAGUUGUUCAGUAAUUUUAGCAGAAUGGGUCAAGAGUUAUUUUCAAUAUUUCAGCUGGAAAGAAAGAGAUUGUUAGGGUUUAUCAGCAUUACAAUUGCAAUAAUAUUAGCAUUCCAGUAUUUGGAACUUCCUUAUGGUGCUGUUCAACCCACUGUAUUCUCUGGCAACAAGAUUCCAACGUCUGAUAGCACUAGAUUCCAAGCUGCAGACCUACCAUCCAACUCUGAAACGUUUAAAAAUAUGACUUAUUUGAAUCAAGAAAAUUCUACCGGUGAAAAUGCCCUUGAGAUUGUUGAUAUAACCAAGACUUCUGAGGUAAAAGACAAUGUUUUAAGUACUGGUUUAAUCUCGGAACCAGCAAGGGAAUUAGACAGAUCUUUAGAAUUUGGUGUAACUGAUGAAAGUUCCACUGAAGAAAGUAUUGAGAUAUCAAAUAAUGGUUAUGCAACAGGUCAGACAGGGAAUCUAGGACUGAGUAUUCACAACAAUACUGUUUCUCAUUCCCCUUCUCAUUUGGCUCUUCCAAGUCCAACAGAAGUGAGCCAAAAUAUUACGCCUCCAAUGUUGUCAAAUGAUUAUGAUGAAACUGAAUUCACGGAGGAUGAGAGGUUCAAGCCACCACAAGAUGAUGUUAAAAUAGUAGAAAAUAAUUCUUCUGUCAGCAGUAUGCCCAAGGAGACUAAACGUUCUCAAAUACCUGUAGAAGCAACAACAAUCUCUAAAAUGAACGAGUUAUUGCUUCAGAACCGUGCCUCAUAUCGUUCUAUGAGGCCAAGGUGGUCUGCGGCUGUUGAUCAAGAGCUACUGCAGACCAGAUCAGAGAUUGAAAAUGCACCAAUUGUAAAUGACGAUAUAAAUCUUUAUGCUCCCCUUUUUCGAAAUGUUUCCAGGUUCAAGAGGAGCUAUGAAUUAAUGGAGAGAACACUCAAAGUAUAUGUGUAUAGAGAAGGAGCUAAGCCCAUAAUGCACUCACCGUAUCUUCUGGGAAUUUAUGCUUCCGAGGGAUGGUUCAUGAAGCAGAUGAAAGCUAGUAAACAAUUUGUGACAACAGACCCAAAGAAGGCCCACUUAUUUUACUUACCAUUCAGUUCUCGGAUGCUAGAAGAAACUUUAUACGUACAGAAUUCACAUAGUUCUAGGAACCUGGUUCAAUAUCUGAAAAAUUAUGUAGACAUGAUUGCGGGGAAACAUAAUUUCUGGAACAGAACAGGAGGUGCUGAUCAUUUCCUAGUUGCUUGCCAUGACUGGGCCCCUAAAGAAACAAGGAAAAACAUGGCUAGGUGCUUGAGGGCUCUAUGCAAUUCUGAUGUGAAAGAAGGUUUUGUCUUGGGGAAGGACGUGUCUCUUCCGGAAACUUAUGUCCGAAAUGCUCAGAGGCCCACUAGAAACCUUGGUGGAAACCGUAUUUCAAAGAGGAAAACUCUGGCGUUUUUUGCAGGGGGGAUGCAUGGUUAUCUUAGACCAAUAUUGCUUCAGCACUGGGAAAAUAAGGACCCUGACAUGAAAAUCUUUGGGAUACUGCCAAAGUCAAAGGGCAAUAGGAACUACAUCCAGUACAUGAAGAACAGCAAGUACUGCAUUUGUGCAAAGGGCUAUGAAGUCAAUAGUCCAAGAGUUGUGGAGGCCAUUUUCUUUGAAUGUGUGCCAGUAAUUAUAUCAGAUAACUUUGUGCCUCCAUUUUUUGAGAUGUUGAAUUGGGAAUCCUUUGCUGUUUUUGUGUUGGAGAAGGAUAUUCCAAAUCUGAAGAGUAUACUCCUUUCCAUCCCACAAAGGAGGUAUCUUCAAAUGCAGAUGAUGGUGAAAAAGGUGCAGCAGCAUUUCCUGUGGCACAGAAGCCCUGUCAAGUAUGAUAUAUUCCACAUGAUACUCCAUUCCAUUUGGUACAACAGAGUCUUCACAGCAAAAGCUAGAUAGAUCAUCUUGAACAAACAAGUUUUUCUUUAGGUAGCAGAACAUUCUUUGGAGGACACGUACAUAAUAAGAUCUACGUUGGCAAUUAACAAUGUUGUUUUUGUGUAAUUAAAUUUGUAUAUAUUGACUACCACGUUUUCUUGAAUUAUUCAUACAUAAAUGUUUGGUAGUCUAUGAUAGCUUAAAAUCAGAUUUUAUUUUUAGCUUA